AUGUUUGUUUUUCAGGAACUGUUGACAUUCAAGGACGUGUCUAUAGAGUUCUCUAUGGAUGAGUGGGCCUGCCUGGACCCUGCUCAGCAGACUUUGUAUCGGGAUGUCAUGUUGGAGAACUACAGACACCUGGUCUUCCUAGGUCUUACUCCAUCUAAGCCCAACCUCAUCACCUGUCUGGAGCAAAGCAGAGAACCCUGGAAGGUGAAGACAUACCAGACAGUAGUCAAGCACCCAGCUGUUUCUAACCAUCCUGAGCAAGACCAAUUGCAAGAUCUGGACACAAAUGUUUUAUUCCCAGAGAUAAUCCUGAGGAGAUAUCGAAACUGUGCACCUGACAAUUUAAACUUAACAAAAGACUGUGCAAGUGUGUCUGAGUGUAAGCAGCAGAAAGUAUGUGACAGUGGACUUGACCACUGUUUAAAGGCUGCCCAUACCAAAACCUUCCAAUGUAGUAAAUGUUUGAAAGUCUUCACACAAUUGUCAAAUCUAAGUAGACAUAAGAUGAUAGAUACCGUAGGGAAAACAUUUCACUGUAUAAAGUAUGGGAAAGCCUCUAACCCAAGCUCACAUGUUAGUAAACAUGAGAUAAUUCAUAUUGGAGAAAAACAGUACAAACGUAAAGAAGGUAGCAGAGUCUUCAGAUGUUGCUCAAACCUGUCUAAGCAUAAGAGACAUCCUACUGGAGAAAAACUCUACAAGUGUGAAAAUGAUGGCAAAUGUCUUAGCCGCAGAUCAAAAUAUCGUACACAUAACAGUGUUGAUAGUGGAGGAAAACCCUACAAUUAUGAAGAUUGUGACAAACUUAACAAGCAACACUCACACCUUUCUGGACAUCAAAGAAUUCAUUCUGGAGAGAAACAUUACAAAUGUCAAGAAUGUGGCAAAGGCUUUAACUGCUACUCAACCCUGUCUAUACAUGAAAGAAUUCAUUCUGGAGAGAAACCCUACAAAUGUCAAGAAUGUGGCAAAGCCUUUAACCAGUACUCAACCCUGUCUAGACAUCAAAAAAUUCAUUCUGGAGAGAAACUCUACAAAUGUCAAGAAUGUGGCAAAGCCUUUACUCUUCGUUCUGGCCUUACUAAACAUCAAAGAAUUCAUUCUGGAGAAAAACCUUUCAAAUGUCCAGAAUGUGGCAAAGCCUUUCACUAUAACUCAACCCUGUCUAGACAUCAAAGAAUUCAUUCUGGAGAGAGUCCCUACAAAUGUCAAGAAUGUGGCAAAGCCUUUAGUCUUAGUUCAAGCCUUACUCAACACCAAAGAAUUCAUUCUGGAGAAAAACCCUGCAAAUGUCAAGAAUGUGGCAAAGCCUUUCGCUGUAACUCAACCCUGUCUAGACAUCAAAGAAUUCAUUCUGGAGAGAAACUCUACAAAUGUCAAGAAUGUGGCAAAGCCUUUAUUCUUAGUUCUAGCCUUACUAAACAUCAAAGAAUUCAUUCUGGAGAGAAACCCUUCAAAUGUCAACAAUGUGGCAAAGCCUUUCGCUAUAAUUCAGACCUUUCUAUACAUCAAAGAAUUCAUUCUGGAGAGAAACCCUACAAAUGUCAACAAUGUGGCAAAGCCUUUACUUUUAGUUCUAGCUUUACUAGACAUCAAAGAAUUCAUUCUGGAGAGAAACCUUACAAAUGUCAACAAUGUGGGAAAGGGUUUCACUGUAACUCAGACCUUUCUGUACAUCAAAGAAUUCAUUCUAGAGAGAAACCCUUCAAAUGUCAAGAAUGUGGCAAAGCCUUUCAAAUUCAUUCUGGAGAGAAACCCUUCAAAUGUCAAGAAUGUGGCAAAGCCUUUCAGUAUAACUCCUACCUUUCUGUACAUCAAAGAAUUCAUUCUGGAGAGAAAUCCUACAAAUGUCAACAAUGUGGCAAAGCCUUUACUGUUCGUUCUAGGCUUACUAAACAUCAAAGAAGUCAUUCUGGAGAGAAACCCUACAAAUGUCAACAAUGUGGCAAAGCUUUUAAUGAUAACUCAGCCCUUAUUAAUCAUCAAAACAUUCAUUCUGGAGAAAAACCCUACAAAUGUCAACAAUGUGGCAAAGCCUUUAACCAGUACUCACACCUUUCUAGACAUCAAAGAAUUCACUCUGGAGAGAAACCCUUCAAAUGUCAAGAAUGUGGCAAAGCCUUUCGCCAUAACUCAGACCUUUCUAUACAUCAGAGAAUUCAUUCUGCACAGAAACACUACAAAUGUCAAUAUGCGACAAAGCCUUUAAUAGUAAUUUAG